AUGGAUUUCUUAAACUCAUCUGAUCAAAACUUGACCUCAGAGGAACUGUUAAACAGAAUGCCGUCCAAAAUCCUGGUGUCACUCACCCUCUCUGGGCUGGCACUGAUGACAACGACCAUCAACUCCUUGGUGAUUGCUGCAAUUAUUGUAACCCGGAAGCUGCACCAUCCAGCCAACUAUUUAAUUUGCUCCCUUGCAGUCACGGAUUUUCUUGUAGCUGUCCUGGUGAUGCCCUUCAGCAUUGUGUAUAUUGUGAGAGAGAGCUGGAUAAUGGGGCAAGUGGUCUGUGACAUUUGGCUGAGUGUUGACAUUAUCUGUUGCACGUGCUCCAUCUUGCAUCUCUCAGCUAUAGCUUUGGAUCGAUAUCGGGCAAUCACAGAUGCUGUUGAGUAUGCCAGGAAAAGGACUCCCAAGCAUGCUGGCAUUAUGAUCACCGUAGUUUGGAUUAUAUCUGUCUUUAUCUCAAUGCCUCCUCUGUUCUGGAGGCACCAAGGAACUAGCCGAGAUGACGAGUGCAUCAUCAAGCACGACCACAUUGUUUCCACUAUUUACUCAACAUUCGGAGCUUUCUACAUCCCACUUGUAUUGAUUUUGAUUCUCUACUACAAAAUAUAUAGAGCAGCAAAGACAUUAUACCACAAGAGACAAGCAAGUAGGAUUGCAAAGGAGGAGCUGAAUGGCCAAGUGCUUUUGGAGAGUGGUGAGAAAAGCAUUAGAUUGGUCUCCACACCCUACACGCUGGAAAAGUCUUUAUCUGAUCCAUCAACAGAUCUUGACAAACUUCAUGGCACAGUGAAAAGUUCCAGGUCUGAAUUAAAGCAUGAGAAAUCUUGGAGAAGGCAAAAGAUCUCAGGCACAAGAGAACGCAAAGCUGCCACUACCCUGGGAUUAAUCUUGGGUGCAUUUGUAAUAUGUUGGCUUCCUUUUUUUGUAAAAGAAUUAGUUGUUAAUGUCUGUGAAAGAUGUAAAAUUUCUGAAGAAAUGUCAAAUUUUUUGGCAUGGCUUGGAUAUCUCAAUUCUCUUAUCAAUCCACUGAUUUAUACGAUCUUUAACGAAGACUUCAAGAAAGCAUUCCAAAAACUUGUGCGAUGUCGAUGUUAG